AUGUCGCUCUCCCAGCGCGUAACGUCGAUAGAGGAGCAUGAGCCAUGGAGUCGAGAAGCCAGCCCCGACUCGCGGCAUCGCAAGAUGAGCUUCAACCCCGUCGGCACAUGGACUGAGCAAGCCGGCGAAGAGCCCACCAUCGGCGCGUUCGAAGUGCCGCAAUGGAAAAGACUAUUACAAGUAUUCUUCGCCGUCAUAUACUGUCUCUUCGCUGCAGGCGUCGUGUUCGGGUAUGCCGCCAUCAAGCCCGUGUUGCUCGAAGAAGGAGUCUACAGAGAUUACUGUAGCAAGGAAGAGCUGGAUAACGAUGUUCGAGUGUGCUACGAGCAGGAGCUGAGGCUCAAUCUCAUGUUCACGAUCGCGGCUGUGUCGACGAACGUUGUUGCGCUGCCCGUUGGCACGAUUCUGGAUCGCUACGGACCACGAGUAUGCGGUAUAACAGGUGCGAUAUCCAUCACCAUCGGCGCCCUGCUCUUCGCCUUCGCCGCCGAACUCCCCUUCGAUGCCUAUAUCCCCGGCUACCUCUUCCUCGCGCUCGGCGGGCCCUUCACCUUCAUCUCGUCCUUCCAGCUCAGCAACACCUUCCCGCAGUACUCCGGGCUGAUCCUCGCCCUCCUCACGGGCGCCUUCGACACCUCAAGCGCCGUCUUUCUCGUCUACCGCCUCAUCUACCAAAGCAGCCACUGCGCCUUUUCCAUAAAAUCCUUCUUCCUCCUCUACCUCAUUGUCCCGGCCUUCAUCCUCACCGUCCACCUCCUCUUCAUGCCCUCGGUCUCCUACAAAACCGUUGGCGAGCUCGUCACCACCGUCGACGAAACAAGCAUCCUACACGACUCGGACGACGACAUCGAAGACGCCGCCACAGUGCAAUCUCUCCGCGACGCCCGCCGCGCCCACCGCGACAGCAUCGUCAGCGAAAUCACAUCCUUACUCGGCACAAAGAACGGCCUCGACCAAGCUAAGGCUGAAGAAAAGAAAAAGAACAUCUCAGGUGUCUGGGGCGCCCUCCAUGGCUUAACUGCCUCCCAGCAAAUCCGCACCCCCUGGUUCAUCCUCAUCACCCUCUUCACCGUCCUCCAAAUGACGCGUAUAAACUAUUUUGUCGCCACCAUCCGCUCGCAAUACACAUAUCUCUUCCAUUCCUACCCGCAAGCCGUGGCCAUUAAUAACUUCUUCGACGUCGCACUCCCCGUCGGCGGCGUCCUCUCCGUGCCCUUUAUCGGCUUGCUGCUCGACAAUACCAGUACAGUCUUCACGCUGAGCCUGCUAGUUACCAUCGCCACGACAAUCGGUGUAUUGGGAGUUUUGCCUCAGGUAUGGGCUGCAUAUGCCAACGUAGUUUUAUUCGUACUAUAUCGCCCAUUGUACUACACUGCUGUUUCCGAUUACUCGGCAAAAGUCUUCGGCUUCGCCACUUUCGGCAAAGUAUACGGCCUCAUCAUUUGUCUCGCCGGCCUCCUCAACUUUUCCCAAUCCGCCCUCGACGCUGCAACUCACAAGGUUUUCAACAACGAUCCUGUCCCCGUAAAUGUCUUGUUGCUUAGCCUUGCCCUAGUUGUCGGGAUUGCCCUCGUGGCGUAUGUGGGGAGGAAGAGUAGCGCGAUCAAGAGGCAGAGUGUCGAGCAUGAGGCGAGGGAGGCCAGCGAGAGUUUGAUUCCUAGGGCUGCGCGUGGCGUGCCCCGGGGGGAGGGGACUGGGUAUGGUGGUGUGAAUGGCUGGGUGGAGGAUGAGGACGAGGACGAGGAUAGAGGGAGGAGGAUGUAG